ACAUCGUGGGGUGGCUCAGGGGCCAGCAGGAGCCGCUUCACAGCGUCCUUCGGCCGUCCGGCAUCCCUGCAGACACCGAACUCCAGUAACCAUGUCGAAGCACCACGAUGCGGGGACCGCUUUCAUCCAGACCCAGCAGCUGCACGCUGCCAUGGCAGACACCUUUCUGGAGCACAUGUGCCGCCUGGACAUUGACUCUGAGCCGACCAUUGCCAGAAACACCGGCAUCAUCUGCACCAUCGGCCCAGCCUCCCGUGCUGUGGACAAGCUGAAGGAAAUGAUUAAAUCUGGAAUGAAUGUUGCCCGCCUCAACUUCUCGCAUGGCACCCACGAGUAUCAUGAGGGCACAAUUAAGAACGUGCGAGAGGCUACAGAGAGCUUUGCUUCUGACCCAAUCACCUACAGACCUGUGGCUAUUGCACUGGACACCAAGGGACCUGAAAUCCGAACUGGACUUAUCAAGGGAAGUGGCACAGCAGAGGUGGAGCUCAAGAAGGGCGCAGCUCUCAAAGUGACCCUGGACAAUGCCUUCAUGGAGAACUGCGAUGAGCAUGUCCUGUGGGUGGACUACAAGAAUCUCAUCAAAGUUAUAGAUGUGGGCAGCAAAAUCUAUGUGGAUGAUGGUCUCAUUUCCCUGCUGGUUAAGGAGAAAGGCAAGGACUUUGUCAUGACCGAGGUUGAGAAUGGUGGCAUGCUUGGUAGCAAGAAGGGGGUGAACCUCCCUGGUGCUGCAGUUGACCUGCCUGCGGUCUCAGAGAAGGACAUUCAGGACCUGAAAUUUGGUGUGGAGCAGAAUGUGGACAUGGUGUUUGCUUCCUUCAUCCGCAAAGCUGCUGAUGUCCAUGCUGUCAGGAAGGUGCUAGGAGAAAAGGGAAAGCACAUCAAGAUCAUCAGCAAGAUUGAGAAUCACGAGGGUGUGCGCAGGUUUGAUGAGAUCAUGGAGGCCAGCGAUGGCAUUAUGGUGGCCCGUGGUGACCUGGGUAUUGAGAUCCCUGCUGAAAAAGUCUUCCUUGCACAGAAGAUGAUGAUUGGGCGCUGCAACAGGGCUGGCAAACCCAUCAUUUGUGCCACUCAGAUGUUGGAAAGCAUGAUCAAGAAACCUCGCCCCACCCGUGCUGAGGGCAGUGAUGUUGCCAAUGCAGUUCUGGAUGGAGCGGACUGCAUCAUGCUGUCUGGGGAGACCGCCAAGGGAGACUAUCCGCUGGAGGCUGUGCGCAUGCAGCACGCUAUCGCCCGUGAGGCGGAGGCCGCCAUCUUUCACAGGCAGCUGUUUGAGGAGCUGCGUCGCCUGACCCCCCUGAACUGCGAUCCCACUGAGGCCGCUGCUGUUGGCGCUGUGGAAGCGUCCUUCAAGUGCUGCAGCGGGGCCAUUAUUGUCCUCACCAAGUCUGGAAGGUCUGCACACUUGGUGUCCCGGUACCGCCCGCGGGCUCCUAUCAUCGCUGUCACCCGCAAUGACCAAACAGCACGCCAGGCACACCUGUACCGUGGCGUCUUCCCUGUGCUGUGCAAGCAACCAGCCCAUGAUGCCUGGGCGGAGGAUGUGGAUCUCCGUGUGAACCUGGGCAUGAAUGUCGGCAAAGCCCGUGGAUUCUUCAAGACCGGGGACCUGGUGAUCGUGCUGACAGGCUGGCGCCCUGGCUCUGGCUACACCAACACCAUGCGGGUGGUGCCCGUGCCAUGAGCUGCUGGCACCUCCCCUCUUCCACCCCCGCGCCCCUUCCCCAUGCAUUAGGCCUGCAGUCGCUUGCAAUGUUCUCCUCGUCCCUAGCGUGGAUUUAGGUUGCUCAACACCACCGAGUGCAGCAGCGGGGGAAGAGACCUUAAAUCACUCAGAAUACUUGAAGUGUGUAGUUGUUUCUAGACCUCUCCCUGUAGUUAGCCAUGUCAGAGCAGGGCCCUGUGCUCCCUAUCUCCCCUAGCUUAGCACUGUCCUCAGGGUGUGGCCGUGCCUCUCCUUGCCCCGGCUGUGGGGUGAUGGGGAAGGAGUAGGCACUCGUGGUAAACGGUUCUGCUGCUGCAAGCUGCAGCUCCCCCAGGUUGGUGCCCUCUGUCCCUGAGGGGUUAUGGGUUGUCCCCUCUGGGCUUACACUCCAAAGGUGUUUUACACGGUUCCUACGAGAAACCCAAACCAGAGUGCUGCUCGUUGUGCCCCUGGGUGCAGGCGGAGUCCUGCGGGUUGUUGGGGUGCAGGAUGGGUGGGGGACGCAUGCUUCAUCUCCAUGCAGCCACCUGCCCUUGUAUGGUGUCUGUCAGUGUUGUCGCCUUUCCUGAGAGCGUUCCUUCUGUCUGGGUGCCCCGUUUGCUCCCGUGGGUGUAUGGGGUUGUGGAGCACCACUGUGCACGUUAAUAAAGAGCGUGAGCACCCCUGC